AAAUAUUCGAAAUCCAAAUAUUGGUCACCUAAGACGUAGUCUUGGAACAUUUGGGUAUAGUCUUGAUGAUGCUGCCAAAGAAGCGCAAGGACCAUCUCUAUUAAAACAUACAUGUUUAGAAUUAAGUAAAUUAUUAUGUUAUCAUGAAAUUUUAGAAAAAGAUUUAUGUUCAACAGUAAUGGAAGAUAAAACUUAUUGGCAAAAUCGAAGAAGUUAUUUUACACCUGGAGAUAAUGAAAUAGAUGAUAAUAUAUCAUCAUCUACAAAUUCAAUGACAAAUUCAAUGACAAAUUUAUCAUCAAAAUCUUCAAGAAAUCAUGAAAUGUUUGGAAAAUUAUUUAUUAAAGAAUCAAUUAAUAGUAAUAAUAAAUUAUUAGAACCUUCGGAAAGAAAUUCGGAAAAUAUAACUCGUCCUGCUACUAUGGGUUCAUUACUUCGUACUUCUGCAUCAACUUUAUCUUUAAAUUCAAGUUCUAGUGAAUCUAGUAGAACUUCUCUUUCAACUUAUGGUGAUAAUGAAGAAGGUUAUAAUUUUCAUGGAAAUGUUUCUGAAUAUGAACUUGAUGAUCGUGAUGAUUGUAGUUUUAGAGAUGAUGCUAGUAGUAUAAUUGCUCUUGAUGAUGUAAAAGAACAAUUAUCAUCAAUAAAUGGAUGUGAAAAUGAUGAUUAUGAUACUAAUCUAAUUGAUAUUGAAACUAAUUUAAAUGGGAAACGUAAUUCAGAUGGAAUAAAAAUAUGUGUAACUGAAUUUACUGAAGUUACAUCAGAGCAUGAAGAUGAUUCUAAAAAUCAAUUAAUAAUUCCACGAAUUCAAUCAAAUCUUAAAUCAAAAAGUAAACAAGAUGAAAAAACAAUCAUGAAAUCAGAUUUAGGAAUAAAUUCAAAUAAAAUAAUCAUACCUGUUCUUGUUAUAUCUAAAGCUGAUGAUG